AUGACACCAUAUGUUAUAUUGGCCUACGAAGCAUUUGCUUUGCAUGAGAAUGUGAUGAAACCAUACGCAGGCGUCUAUGCGAAAGGUACAAAAGAGAGAACAUUCAACUAUCGACUUUCAAGAGCCCGUCGGGUUAUCGAAAAUUGUUUUGGAAUCCUGACAUCCGUUUUUAGGGUCAUGAGGAAACCAAUGCUUCUGGACCCAGAAAAAACCAGUGUUAUUGCACUGACAACUAUUUACUUGCAUAAUUAUUUGAGACAGAGCAAGAAAUCUUCCAGUUUGUAUGCUCCAGACGGCACAGUGGACAGAUGGUACUUUAGUGGAAGGAACAUGGAGAUGGGAAGCACAACCAAUGUCAUUAUGCAAUUUAAAGGCAGUGCCAAGAAAAAGUUCGUCAAAUGCCUGAGCUAUUCGCAAAGAUAUAGCCGACUAUUUUAUCAAAAAUGGACGUAUACCUUGGCAAGAUGA